AUGUCUCCUCGCAUUACCAAAACCUCCCUUCGCCGCGAACAUAGCUCCAGCACCGUCUCCAAUCAAGAAAGCCAGCUCGUGCGAAGAUCAGCGCGUCUAGCAAAAAGGGCCACAUGGCAGAGAUAUGCAUCUCGCACUCAAUCCGAUAGCUCACCAGCUCGCGCAAAAAUUCACACCAACACCAUCACUGCACCAUUUAACAUCGCAACCUUUGUUAAACCCAACAACUCCCGUCGCUCUCAACCACCCGCAUUCCCAUUCAUAAUUGACUCAACUGCUGACUCUACAUCAUCAUCAUCAUCAUCAUCCGAAUACCCGGACAGCGACAUCGAACUCGCCACACAUGACCAAUCUACCCCCUUUCCCCCUCCUCACACACCCUCCCUAACACGCGCCACACGACACAAGCGUAGUAAAAGCUCCAACAGUACCUACGCAUCCAGCAACGAAUCCUACGAACUCGAUGGUUUCGUCGUCAGCGACAACCACACCGACGACAUUGACUACGGCUACGACGCCGACGAGUCCGCCGCAGAUGAAAUCCAAAGAAAAAGCAGUAUCUACUCUACAUCGUCCGAGGACACUUUGUUCGUCCCCGAGGUCAAGGUUAAGAAGAAGAAGAAAUUGCUCCACGAACAUCUACCGUUUCGUAAUAAACAGCUUGGAACGACAUCUUCAGAAGAUGUAGCAGAGCAAAUCUCAGAUGCUAUACUGCUUUUCUCGCGGAGGUGUAAUAGGGGGAGGAAGGCUAUGGGUGUUAGAGUUACGGAUGGGGAUAUGCGGGAUAGGGAGGUGAGGGAGGGGUUGGAGAGAGCAGGGAAGUUAGGAUUGGUUGAGAAAAAGGAGGUGAAGGUGGGGUGUGUAGUAUGGUAUUUUGGGGCCCAGGGUGACAAGAGUGUCAUGUGA